UAUGCGGCAACGUUUUAUUGGCCAAGAGGAGAAUUUACUGCCCUCAACACUUGUAUCUUUGGCAAGCAUGUCAGUGCAUGCGGCUGGACUUGUGGCCGUGGGGGUCUUUUAUGUGGUUAUCCUGCUAACUGGGAUCUUGGCCUUGCGCAAAUCAAAGGAAGUGGAGAAGAAAUGCAUUGGAAAAAAGAGCGAAGUCGCCAUCGUCGGGGGACGCGAUAUGAUCGUCGUGAUUGGCGUCUUUACCAUGACAGCCACAUGGGUUGGUGGAGGUUACAUAAUGGGUACUGCCGAGGCGGUUUACUCUCCAGCUCAAGGUCUCAUCUGGGCUUUCGGUCCUGUUUCGUAUUUUUUGAAUUUUCUUAUUGCAGGAUUGUUUUUUGCCAAACCGAUGAGGUCCAAACACUACGUGACCAUGUUGGACCCAUUUCAGCACCGCUAUGGCCAAUUUUUCACGACAGCAAUAUUACUUCCUGCUCUGUUCAGUGAUAUUUUGUGGGUGGCCUGCAUCCUUGCUGCCCUUGGGGGCACGAUGAGCAUCAUCCUUGAUAUAUCAGCGACAAUCUCAAUCCCGAUCUCCGCGGCUGUCUCCAUCAGCUACACUGUUUUAGGAGGCCUCUACGCAGUUGCGUACACUGAUGUCAUCCAACUGUCCUUCAUAUUUGUCAGUCUGUGGCUCUCUAUUCCUUUUAUGUUUCUCAGUCCUGCGGUGACUGAUCCCUCACAAACGACUAAUUUCAACCAGUCAAACAGCUUUCCCUGGGUAGGAGAGGUCAAGCUGGAGGAUGCAGGAAAGUGGACCGAUGACUUUUUCGUGCUGGCUUUAGGAGGACUGGCUUGUCAGGCUCUAUUCCAGAGGAUUCUUGCAGCAUCCUCCUCGGCCCAGGCUCAGGUCACGUGCUUUGCUGCUGGUGGCUUUGCUUUUAUUAUGGGAAUCCCCUCAGUGAUCAUUGGCGCUGUAGCUGCUUCUGCAGACUGGAACCAGACAGGUUAUGGAUUACCGCCACCUUAUGAGCGUGGAGAAGCAGGGAAUAUCCUGCCAUUGGCUCUGUCCUACAUCGCACCCACCUGGGUGUCAGUGUUGGGCAUUGGCGCGCUAGCAGCAGCAGUUAUGUCCUCCAUGGACUCAGCAUUGCUGUCUUCAGGGUCCAUGUUCACCCAAAACAUAUACAAAACAACCUUGAGAAAGCAGGCAUCAGAAAGAGAGCUGAAGUGGGUGAUCAGGAUUAGUGUGCUCCUGGUGGGCCUGGCUGGAACCUGUCUGGCCUUUAACAAGAGCAGCAUCCUUUCUCUUUGGGUAUUAGCUAACGACACACUCUACUGUGUUAUUGCCCCGCAGCUGACCUGUGCGGUGCAUCUCCGCUCUGGCAAUUGCUACGGUGCCAUCAGUGGCUACGUGAUAGCUCUGCUGCUGCGCGUCCUGAGUGGAGAGCCAGCACUCGGGAUUCCUCCUGUGCUGCUCUUCCCGGGCUGGAGGGAGGAGGAUGGCGUCAUCACGCAGUACUUCCCCUUCAGGACAUUGAUUGUGUUCAUUUCUCUGGCAGUCGUCGUCUUCAUGUCUUGGCUCUUCCAACUGGCCUUCUCUCGACAGCUCAUUCCUCAGUCCUGGGAUGUGUUUGAUGCAUUCAAAAAGAAAGUGGAAGCAAUAGAAGAGGAGAGGACAACAAUACCAAUCUCCAAAGACGAAAAGAAUUCUGUCUUUAAUUCAGGUUAUAGACUCUGCCAAACCUGAGUUUUUGCAUAUUCAUGUGCACCUUCGUACUUAUUUUAUAUACUGUCCAUUCUUCUACAAAGUAUUACAUAUUGGAGUGAAUGGGAACCCCUGAUCUUUGGGCUUAAACACAAAAUAUCAGGGCAACUUGUCUUAAUGUUGACGUCCCCAUUCAACCCACAGCCUUUUUCAUUCACACACAGUUCUCGAGACUUUCAAUUCGAACUGAUCCAUUGUCCACUUGAUGUGAUUGAUAUAUUAGUGUAGUAUGUAGUGCGGUACUUUCAAGUAUCAAGUACAACUUUAUUGUCAAAUGUGCUGUAUGUGGAACAUACA